CUCUCUAUCAUUUGGAUUCACUAACGUAGUGACAGGAGUACGGAGUAAAAUCGAUAUAUCAUGAACAGGAAAAGAUCCGCCCAAGACAUGCAGUGAUCGAUGAACCUGAAUAUCCUUUCCCCAAACAUGCCUAGAGAGGCCCCUCCAAGCAUUGAUCGGCCCGGGAUGAAGUUGGGGUCCGGCCGUUGAUCAACUUGAUUGAUCCACCGCGUUCUUCCAUGCUCUUGCCAUGCUCCUGCCCCCAACUCCAAGCGAACUCUCCUUGCAUCUACCGUGUUCCCAACGCCCUAUCCAUCCAUCAUGCUGGAUGAAUGCAUCGCUGACCUCAGCGACUGCCGAGGCUGGCAUCCAAGACAUCGUCGCCCCCAAGGGUCCGGACUAUUGGUGUUAGCGUCGGACUACCGCAUCAGUUGGCCUUGUGCCCCCCGCUUUUUUCCUCUUGAUUAUUGCAAUUUGCUGGAAGCAUUCGGAGGGCGAUGCGACCUUAUAAUUAAAGGCCUGCUGGCCUCGGGUCUCGUGCUCUCCUUUUUGGACGCCCUUCUCGUCGCACUUGCCACCGUCAUCGCCAUGUCUUGAGAACUCUGUCCAAAAGUCUCAUCU